AUGCCACCAUCCAUCGAGGCAAUCAUCAAGCACGCUGACUUUGAUCCCAGCAAGAUUGAAAGGAUCUCCGACCGCAGGGAACCCAACAAAAUUGAAAUCGUUGAACCAGAUCCCUCCUGGCCUCAACGCUAUCAGCUGCUCAAAUCGCGCAUUGAAACAGCCCUUGGCUCCAGGGUUGUCGCUAUCACCCACAUUGGUUCAACCUCUGUCCCUGGCCUUCCUGCCAAGGAUGUAGUGGAUAUUGAUCUCACUGUCAUCGAUCCCACGGACGAGACCUCAUACGUUCCCUUGCUCGAAGAUGUAGGUUUUCAGUUUCGCACACGCGAGCGGAGCUGGCACCAGCAUCGCUUUUUCAGCUGCUAUGAACCCACCGCAAACCUCCACAUCUUUGGGCCGGAUUGUCCCGAAGUUGUAAGGCAUUGCCUGCUUCGAGACUGGCUAAUAAAAUGCACCGAGGACCGAGAGCUAUAUGCGCAGACAAAGAGGCAGGCGGCGGAAGAGACAAUAAAGGCAGGAGAGAGGCACGCCAAAUAUAACCUGCGAAAACAGCCAGUGAUUCGAGAGAUUUUGGAACGAGCGUUUCGUGACAUCGGGUAUAUACAAUGA